ACAGCGUUAGAGCUCUUGUUGACGGCAACGGCCAACGGUCCGUUUUUAAAAACGGACCGGUGCCCGUAGUUCAGUAGUCUUCAGGUGUAUAUGAACGUUUGUUCACGCAACGGGAGUCGAUCCGUUGGCUGCCUUCCCGCCGGCUACACAACCGAUAUCCCUCGAGCGACGUUCAUCGGCCCGAUGCAGUGAAUCGUGCAAGUGAAUGCAAGUCUGUUGAAGACGUCGGACGGACAUCCGUUUUAGCUCCCCAACAAUUUUGUUUAGUUUGUGUUUAAAAGGCUCCACGUGUGUACAUAAAAUAUGGAUCACCAAAUUGAUAUAGAAGCUUUAAUUAGUGCCGUGGAAAAGAGACCAGUACUAUGGGACAAAACCACAGAGAUUUACAAAAAUAAGCAGCUCAAUUUUACGGCAUGGAAAGAAAUCUGCAUGAUUUUACAUGAAAGCUUCGAUACAUUAUCGGACAAAGAAAAAAACGAUUUUGGCAAAGAAGUUAUAAAGAAGUGGAGCAAUCAAUGCAAGAGAUAA